AUGCUACCUUAUGUCGGAUGACGAUCUCGUCAUAGUAGUACGAAGUGCCUUCUGCGUAAAUGGGCAUUUGCUACCUCCAAUUCUGAUUGGCCAAUUGCUCACCCGCGUCCUGACGCGUCUCCCGCGACACCGCCAGAGUGCAGCCGGGGGGUCCCACUCCAAGAAAGCUCCAGAAUACGUAGCAAGCACCCAGCUUGUAGAUUCAAAGAAGCAAAGCCUCAACCUCUGUUCCCCGCACUUCGCUCCAAGACUCAAACGGCGAAAGGUAAACUCUCGUCAGACAUUCCCUAACGCUUUAUUCGACCCCCAAACAUGACCUCUUCUGAACCCGUCGCCGCACAGCAGCAGCAGUCCGAUCCUCCCGCCAAGCGAGUCAAGACCUCCUCCAACGACGCUCCCGUCCCCGCCGCCAUGGAGCCCUGCCCGCCUCUCCAGAUCAAGAAGCUCUCCGACAAGGCUCGCCUGCCGACCCGCGGCAGCUUGUUCGCCGCCGGCUACGACCUCUACGCCGCAAAGGUCACAACCAUCCCGGCCCGCGGCAAGGCCAUGGUCGACACCGACAUUGCCAUCUCCGUCCCCGCUGGCACCUACGGCCGCGUCGCCCCCCGCUCCGGCCUCGCCUCCAAGAACUUCAUCGACACGGGCGCCGGCGUCAUCGACGCCGACUACCGCGGCCAGGUCAAGGUCCUCCUCUUCAACCACGCCGACACGGACUUUGAGGUCGCCGAGGGCGACCGCAUCGCCCAGCUCAUCAUUGAGCGCAUCUUCACCCCCGAGGUCGUCGAGGUCGCCGAGCUCAAGGAGAGCGUGCGCGGCGCUGGCGGGUUCGGCAGCACCGGUGUCUCUCUUGCGCAGUAGAUACGGUGAUAUUUGGUUAGAUUCAAGAAGCGGCCUGGGGCGGUGACGCAGUCAAUGCGGAUCACAUCACCGUACAAAAGUUGUGGUUUUCUUAUAGAACCGGAGAAAUGGAUGAAUAAUGACAAAUGCUACGACCACCAUGAUGUGCCUUUUUAUUCCCAAUUACGCACGCCGUCUCUCCAUGCAGGUGACAUAUAUCUCCGCCAUCUAAACGCGCUUACUUUGCAAAUCUACGAAACAGCAAAAAAAAAACAAAAAAAACACACAGACAAGCGCCUCUCCGAAACGAAACAUACCUCUAUACGUC